AUGGGUUCCCCACAACAUGUGCGCCGGCUGCUUAUCUUCCAAGAGGCGCGGAAUCCACAAAAAGCCACAGAGACUGUGUAUCUACCUGUUAAUAAACUGGGUCUUCCCAUUUGUGGGCCUGGACCAGAAUUACCUUCGAUUCUAGAGCUGCCGCUGCGCAUUCUAAAGGCAUUCACCGACAUCUUCAACCAACCAAAGUACAAGGGGUGGUCUGUUGUUUCCGCUGGCCCGUACCAUGAUACCUCGGAAGAGGGCAAGUAUUAUGCAGUGGUUCUGGAGCAGGCGAGGGAUCAGCUUCAUCCACAGGAUUCGACAGAUUCCCUGUUGCAUAGAUUGGAUUGGGAUUCAAAGAAACUCCUCAUCUUCCGCAAGGAUGGGGCUCAAUUCCGGCUGUUCAACUUCCCCGGUCUCCCUCUGACCAAGAACUGCCCUAUCAUUGCUGAGGGCCGCAAGAACCUUGUGAUCGAUCCUGUUCUGUUGACCCGUGUCUCCGGAGUGAUCAGUGAUGACGAGGCCACCUUCGGAGGCUUCACUUUCCACCUGAGUUUCACCGAUGAUGUCAAAGACUUUUACUUCGUCUUGCUUGAAAAGAGGUCCUCCGUCGUAGACUCUGCAUCCUUUGGUGCCUCUUCCGCCGAUAACAUCAAACCUGAGCUCGCUGAUGUUGUCGCUGAAUGGACUGCCGCCCCCCCUGCUCACAACAACCCCAUCUCUAACCAUCAUGACUGGGAUAGCGAGAGUCCCGAGCUUGCCACCGACCAUCAUGACUGGUUUAGUGAAGCUCCCGUGUCUGUCACUGACCGUUAUGGCGGGCGCACUGCUGUGGGCGAAUGGACCGCCCUUACUCCUAUCGACUUCUCUAAUUACCAGGGAGCCCCCGAGCCUACCACUGACCAUUCUGGCUGGUGUCCUUCUGUCAACGAUGCCAAUGUCAAUGCCUGCGCGGAAACCCCCUACGAAGCCCCUGUCUACGUGACCACCAACAAUGACAACAAUGACAAUAACAAUGACGGCUGGAACAUCAAACACGAAUGUUCCUCCUGGACCUACCGCCCUAAAGUCACUCACUGGGGUUCAUCCUCCACCUGCGAUGACUCUCCAUAUCCAUCUCCCAAGUCCCCCGUAUUGACUCCUGCUUCGACUCCCGCCCCUACUACGAUCGUUGGUCCUCACGAACACAAUACCGCCACCGUCGUCAGGGGCCUGCCUGGAUACAAUUCCAAUUCCAUUUACAACUGGCACACCGACGGCUGCGACUACGACUACUCCGACUCCCGCUCCCAAGUCCCCGGUGCCAUCAUAGGCUGGGUCGACAGCCACAUUUCUUCUGAUCCCGACACUGGCACCCUCGGUCGCGGACACGGUCCCGGUCCCUUAACUUCUACCAGUACCGCCAGUGCCAGCUGUGGCUUCAGGAUCGGCUUCCCCAGCAUCAUUGACUACGAUAUGGAUUCCGAUUAUGGAUUUACUGUGCGCGAUUGGGCUGAGGGACCAAAUGAGGUUGAUUUUAGAGUGUUGGGGAUCAGACCUGUUAGUGAGAAUCCGGCUAUUCUUUUUGAUGGUGUGCUUAAGGGUUGGUAG